UUUGAAUAAAAAUUCUGGACCAUGAAACAGUGUUUGUAAUUAACUGAUAGGAAAUGAGAUGAUUAGACACAAAGACACUUAUUUACGAGUGGGAGCGAAUAAUUUGCGUAUCAACCGUCAAUUAAAAAUUUCAAUGUUAAGGAGCUCGUCAAAAAUUUGCCAAGUUGAUUUUUUAAUUAAACAUGGGAUACAGUGAAAGAAAAAAAAUUGAAACAAAUUUAGAGUAAACAGAACAAUGAAUAUUAAUUGAAAGUUUCGUCAGUAGAUUGUCAACAAUGAAAACUUAUUGACAUUGAUAAAAGAUGAUAUCCAGUACCAGACAUCGAAGACAAUUUUUUUAUAAUUUUAUAGUAACGAAAUUUUAGUGCUGCUGUGACGAGAGAAUAUUUCAGAAAAAAUGAAAAUUAAUUAUAAGCAGCUGCCAAUUAAGGCACAUUAUUUUUGUUUCAUGGCAGCUUUAGGUCCAAUUCUUCCAUAUAUGAGUGUUUAUGGAAAGCAACUCGGUGUUUCUCCUGUCGUUAUGGGCAGUAUUACCUCUGUGCUGCCAAUUUUAUUUUUAUUGGCAAAACCAAUUUUUGGAUUUAUUGUUGAUUAUUUUCAAGAAUGGCGGAAAUCGAUAUUUAUAAUUUUACUGGCAAUAACGAGUGCUUCAUUUAUAUUGCUGUACGUACUUCCUCCUUUAUCUGGACCACAUUUUUUAAAAACUCAAUUUGAAAACAUUUCCUUUGCACAGAUUGAUUUCUGUGAUUCGAUGAAAAUAUAUCCCACACAAAAUUGUAAUGAUGGAAAAGAAACGAAUUGCAAUUGGUCUUGCGAAGAAGAAUUGAAUUUCACAUCUAGAAUAUUUUUUCAUUCUUCAAAUACAGUUAAUUUUUCAAGAAAUUCAUCGUGUUUUGUUUCAUCAGUUUAUAAUUUAUCUAAAAAUUCAGAUAUGUUGUGUAAUAUUGAUUGCGAAAAUUUCUCAUCGGAUUAUCUCUAUACUUCAUCAACAUUUUGGGGAUUUGUUCUUUUAUUGUCCAUUGGAAAUAUUGGAUUUAAUGUGGCAAAUUCAAUAAGCGAUUCAAUUUGUUUCGAUAUUUUGGGAAAUGGAGGAGAAAUGGGAUAUGGACGACAACGUGUUUGGGGAACAUUUGGUUUUGGAAUAACAGCAUUUUUGGCUGGAUAUCUCAUUGAUAUGUGGUCAAUCGACAAUGAUUUAAAAUCAUACGCUCCAGCGUUCGUUCUCAUGUUUAUAUUUUGCAUUGCUGACUUAUUAUGCUGCGUUAAAUUAGAGUUACCAAUAAUAUCAGGAACAGGAAGCAUUGUGAGGGAUGUAUUUCAAUUAAUAAAAAUGAAACCAAUUGCUAUUUUUCUUUGUUUUGCAACAAUAGCUGGGAUUCUUGAUAGUUUUCUUAUUUACUUUUUAUUCUGGUACCUAGAAGAUUUGGCUGCUGCUUCUAAUCAAAUACAGCACAUUAAAUUGAUAGAAGGUCUAAUAGUGGCAGCAGAAACAUUAGGAGCUGAAGUUAUAUUUUUCACUUUAUCUGGUAAAAUCCUAAAAAAAAUUGGAUAUGGAUACAUUUUUACUUUUUGCUUUGCCUGUUAUGCUUUAAGACUUGGAUUAAUUUCCCUAAUUCCAAAUCCAUGGUGGGCCAUUUUAGUGGAAUUUUUCAUGCAAGGACCAACUUAUGCAUUGUGUUAUACAUCCAUUGUAGCUUAUGCAAGUGCAAUCGCACCUCCUGGCACUUCAGCAACUGUUCAGGGAAUUGUAGCUGGAAUGGAUGAUGGUUUUGGUUUUGCAAUUGGCAGUUUGAUAAGUGGAAUAUUAUACAAAAAUUUUGGAGGUGUAAUUACCUUGUGGAUUUUUACUUUAUUAGCUGCUUGCACAUCUGUUUUGUAUUUUAUUCUCUACAUUACAUACUUAAAACAUUCAAUACCAGAGACAGAUACAAAGAAGAAAAUUACUCUACAAACUCCAGAAGAUGUGACUCCUAGUGAUAACUUAAUACAAGAGAGAGUACAAACAAAAUAUAUUUAAAAAUUGGAUAAUUUUAUCUUCAAUCAAAACGUAUAGAAAUUACGAAACAAAAAAAAUUUUACUUUUAAAAUAAUAUUUUAUUUUUAUUAAAUUUACAUGUUAUAUAAAUUUUAUUUCUUUAUACUUAUAUUUGUAAAUAUAAACCUGUAAUUUAUUUUUAAUUACAAUAAUUAACAAUAAAAUAUGUUGUUUAAAAAGUUUUUAAAAA